AUGAGUGGACAGUUAAAGUCUCCCGAACUGAAAAAGAAAAAGAAGGAGAAGGGGAUGAAAUCAAAGCAUAAAUCGAAGCCAGGAUCGAAGCACGGAUCGAAGCCAGGAUCGAAGCAUGGAUCGAAGCCAGGAUCGAAGCAUGGAUUGAAGACUAAAGGGACUAAACAUGGAAAAGGGAAAAAAGGAAGAAAACACUCGAAACAUGAUCCGAAUAAACCGAGAAAAAAGAAAAAGAGCAAGGACUCGGAAAAACCUCUUCCAGGAUCAGGUCCAACCUCGAUUCCAUCAAAAUCUGUUCCGAAGAAAAGUGAGAAAACAGGAGUAGAAGGCACACCGAAGACUGUUGAAAAAUUGGUGACAGUUGAGAACAAUUCGGGAAGUCUUCGUGUGGAAAAAACUCAACUUUCGGAUGAUAGUCUUCGUCGUAAAAAAGAGAACAAGGAAAACAAGAAAAAGGAAAAAGAUGAGAAGAAGAAAACAUCGAAAUCAGAUGUGGAGAAGGAUGAGUAUAAAAAGAAAAAGAAAGAAGAGAAAGAAGGGAAAAAGGAAGUCAAAGUAGAGGAAAAAAAAGAGAAAAAGGAAAAAGAGCCGAAAGUGAAACCAGUCGCACCGGGAUCAGCAGUUGACCAAUCACCUCCAACAGCGGAGAAGAAAACUAAAAGUAGUGUGGAUGGUACUCCAGAUGACUCAAAGAAGAAGAUGAAGGAGGAGCCGAAAGUAGCAACUCCAGAUGCAAAAACUCCAGAAACAGUUGGUCCGCCGAUGAUGGAAAUAAAGAAAGAAGGAUCAAAGAAAGAAUUGAAAGAAGGAAACAAGAAUGGAUCAGAUGAGGGAAAAUUGGAAUCAGAACAUGAUAAUCUGGUAGAGGAACCACCGAAAAAGAAAAACAAUGAUGAUUCGAAUUUGAAAAAGCAGAAAUCUGAGAGUUUCAGACUGAAAAAGACGCAAUCUUUGUCGCCUGUGAACAUUGCCGCGCCGAUAGCUCCAGGACCACCGGGAAAACAGAUCAUUAGACCACAUCCAGAUCCUAAUAACGAGAUUGUGAUGAACACUCCACCACUUUCUGAUCGAUCCGGAAAACUGAAAGCCGUUGAAGCACAACGUUCAGAGUUGGAUCAACCGCUUCCAGAACCAGAAUUUGUUCUGAAUCAUGGAGACACGAGAGUGAAGAAGAUAGAUAUCAAAAAACAAGCUUUUGACUAUAUUGCCUACAAUCGACAUGAUCUGAAACUGAAGCAAGCGGACUUCGCGAAAAAUAUGGCUGUUGCUCUCAGUGACAUUGGCAUCAACAAAGAGCUCCUAAUGCUUACAAUUGUCAACUUAAAGAAUUCUGGGCAAAUCUCAAAAAGUGAAAUGGAUGCAGUUCUCAAAGACAUUUUUGUAGUGAAGAAGAUGUCAAUUAGUUUUUCUCAAGUAUCUUUUCUUCUCAAAACUCAUUGUGAAAUGUACAAAUCGAGCAAAAACAAUAGCAAGGAGGUAGUGCAUGUGGAUGUUUAG